CUCUCGGCAAAUAACCGAUUUUGAGACAUGAAAAAAAACGGAUAUCAAUCAAGCUAGGGUUAUUGUAUAUUCUUUGUUUCUCACCUCUUUUUAGACGAAAAAAUAUGUCUGCUUGGCUUUCGCGAAAGGUUUCGUCUUUGAACCUUCAAGAACUUAACGAAUUUGAUGGUAGUCAAGAACAGAAGCAGGCUCUGAAGGAGUUGGGGAAAGAAUUCGAAAUCACCACGGAUAAAUUACGUAGUAUCGUGAAGCAGUUUACUUUUGAGAUGCAAAAGGGUUUGGAGAGACAUGGAGCAAAAGUUGCUAUGAUUCCUUCUUUUGUCACUGGCAAACCUACAGGCAUGGAGAGCGGAACAUACUUGGCCAUCGAUCUCGGCGGAACCAAUCUACGUGUUUGCAAAGUAGAUCUCUUAGGCAAUGGCAAGGUUGAAAUCCAGCAACAAAAAUAUAUCGUACCAGAAGCAAUGAAAGUCGGCGAGAUGCGACAAUUGUGUGACUUUAUUGCGGACAGCGUCGAUAUGUUUUUGACCGAAAUUGACACCGAUAGCUACAGCGAGACCCUACAGCUUGGUUUCACUUUUUCAUUUCCAGUGAACUUGAGAACCAUUAAUCGUGGUAAUUUAAUGCAAUGGACUAAAGGCUAUUGUUGUACCGGUGCUAUCGGUAAGGAUCCUGGUCUUAUGCUUCAAGAUUCCUUCCGCCGCAAGAACAUGAAAGUCAACGUUGCUGCUAUUGUAAAUGAUACUGUUGGAACUCUCAUGGCACAUGCUUAUCGCGACCCCACCACCUUCAUGGGUAUCAUUUUUGGUACUGGAACGAAUGCUGCCUAUUUUGAAAAAAUGGAUAACAUCACCAAAUGGGAAGACGAUAUCACCUCUGAUGAAAUGGUCGUGAACAUGGAAUGGGGUGCGUUUGACGAAGAGCGUAGAGUCCUCCCCAUGACAAUAUAUGACAAUAGAUUGGAUCGAGAAUCCAUCAACCCCGGUACCCAUAUAUAUGAAAAAAUGAUUUCUGGCAUGUACCUUGGUGAGAUUGUUCGCAACAUGACUUUGGGGUUGGUGGAUCAACUAUUACUGUUCAACGGCAAGUCUUCCCCCGAGCUGAACAAGAAAUGGAGCUUUGAGACUUCUCACAUGUCAGCUAUCGAAAUCGACACAUCCUCGGAUUUGGCCGACACUCAAUAUGUCCUCGAGACAGUCUUAGGUAUUCCUAGCACUACCCUCUUGGAUCGUGAAAUGGUCAAGACACUCUGUCGUUUGGUCGGCAUUCGAGCUGCUCGCCUGUCUGCUGCCGGUGUGGCUGCCGUUAUGACCCAUUGCAAUCUCUUACCACAAGAUGCCUGUACAGCAGCUGUGGAUGGAUCUGUAUUCGAGUUCUAUCCUCACUUCUCACAUAAUAUGAUGAAAGCGCUAAAGGAAUUAUUUGGAGAAGACGUUGAACAGAAGAUCAAGUUCUCACAAUCCCAUGAUGGCUCAGGCUUAGGCGCUGCUGUUAUCGCUAUGCAGGUGUCCAAAGGAAACAGCUAAUCUAUCGUUAUGCAUUCAUGAUAGCGAAUUUAUAUAGUACACCAUCCAGUAUGAGAAACGAUAUCAUUAUUUUUUCUUGAAUGAUUUGUGAAUAUAAGAUUU